AAUAAGGGCCAAAAGAGUAGUAAAGGAAGUGAGAGAGCAAUCCAAAGUCCAAACGUAACCAACGCCACAAGCCGGGAUAUGGUAAAGGAAGGAAAUUGAGGGGAAGAGAUAGAGUGACUGAGAGAACAGAGGAAAAAGAUGGCAGCCGCGGCUCUUCAUGAUGUGGUCCGGCUACGACCGCUGCAUUCCCUUCAGCAGAGGAAGGAUAGAGGACCCAGAUUCAGAGGAAACCUCGCUUUCCCUCGGCUUUACAGUAACAAGCCCCCCAUUCUUGGUCUUGGUUAUGGCAACCGUAGUUUGAUCACUUGCUACCGUGACCAAUCCCUUGAGUCUGGUGGCAGCGUGUUAGGGUUGAGCGAGAUAAAGGAGAAAUGCAGUAAGUGGCAAUGGAAAGGCCAGUACUUCAUCAAUUACCUUGUUUCUUCCUCUUCUUCAAAUGCAGAAGCCAAUCCUCCUCUGCUUCUUGUUCACGGGUUUGGUGCCUCCAUUCCUCAUUGGCGCAGGAAUAUUGGCACAUUGGCUCAGGAUCACACUGUCUAUGCUAUUGACCUUCUCGGUUUUGGUGCUUCAGAUAAGCCACAGGGUUUCUCAUAUACCAUGGAAGCUUGGGCUCAGUUGAUAUUAGAUUUCUUGAAUGAAGUUGUUCAGAAGCCUACUGUGUUGAUAGGAAACUCUGUUGGAAGUCUUGCGUGUUUGAUAGCUGCCUCAGACUCUAGUCAAAACCUGGUUCGAGGGCUUGUGCUGUUAAAUUGUGCUGGUGGGAUGAACAACAAGGCGAUUGUUGAUGAUUGGAGGAUCAAGCUCUUGUUACCUUUGCUUUUGUUGUUUGAUUUCUUAUUGAAGCAAAGAAGAAUUGCCACAGCAGUCUUUGAGCGGGCCAAGCAAAGAGAUAAUCUAAGGAAUAUUUUAUUAUCUAUUUAUGGAAAUAAAGAAUCUGUGGAUGAUGAACUGGUUGAGAUCAUCAAUGGACCGGCAAAUGAUGAAGGCGCUCUUGAUGCCUUCGUCUCAAUUAUAACAGGCCCACCAGGGCCAAACCCUGUGCAAUUGAUGCCGAGAAUUAAGUUACCUGUCCUAGUUUUAUGGGGUGAUCAAGAUCCUUUCACCCCUCUUGAUGGGCCGGUAGGUAAGUACUUCUCUUCCUUGCCUUCACAAUCGUCAAAUGUGAGCCUUUUCGUGUUGGAAGGAGUAGGGCAUUGCCCCCAUGAUGAUAAACCUGACCUAGUUCAUGAGAAGUUGCUUCCUUGGUUGGCUCAACUAACUGCCUCAUGAAAGUCAUUGCUUUUCCGAGAAACAGGUGGGCUUUUUGCAUUAGAUUUUUUAGAGCAUGCAUGCUAUCCCUCGUAAAAUGAUCCAAGGAAUAUACAAAUGAUAUGCCAUGUACUCAUGUUGUAUUCAAUCUUGUAUAUAUUAGUAGUUUCAUUCAAUCAUUCGAGUCUUUUCAGAAAGACGCAAAAGGUAAAUGAAGCAAGCCAUGCACUUUUCUGUACAAAUGAGUGUUGCUUUUCCUCUUUUCCGGU